AUGUGCGUCGCCGAGCUUAACGUCUCCAUUCUCCCCUGCCGCCACCGCUGGUACCACCUCGUGCGCCCCUGCACGCCCUCCGCCAACCUCUCCAACUGCGGGGACAAGCUUGCCCUCUCUGGCUGGGAGAUCAAAUGCGACUUUUGCCCCUACUGCUCCGGCUGGAACCUGACCAGCUCUGAGUACCGCCUCGUUGGCAACGACCGCACGCCCUCCGUCGGCGGCCUCUCCCGCUCCCCGAGUCUCUCCCUCUCAUCGACUAGGCGCGAAUCCCGCCGCGGCAGCCUCGCCCGCACCGACAGCAGCACCAGUGUCACCAUGAUGGCCGCCCAGGAGAAGAACCGCGCCCUGAAUGCGCGGGUCGAUGCCUAUCUACGUGUCACCCCCGAACACAUGGUGAUGAUGGAGCCGAAAACCGGCGAAGACGAAGCCGACGGCGUUGGCGGCCCACCGAGUACGAGCGACAGCGACAAGAGCGAGGGCCAGGGCUCGUCUGCGCACAGCGAGGCAAAGGGCGCUGGGCUCUUCGGCAAGGGCUGGAAGAAGUCGAAGCGCUUUAGCAGGACGCUAUUCAAGUGA